AUGGGUUCGACGGGCAAGGUUGCUCUUCCAGAACACUGGACAGAGUUGAGCGCGGCCAGAGUGCACAGGCAACAAUGCGCCGACGAAGUGGAUGCCAUCAAGAAGGCGUGUUUAUCAGAAUGCGAAAAGGAAAGCGUGGUGGAAUGCGAAAAGUGUUUCCCUAAGGUCCUUGACAGGAUGCGUGCUCGAUAUUGCGAUGCUGAAGGCAGAGAGUGGUUCUCAGAGCGAAGAGCAUUUCUGAACGAACUGGACGUCAUGUUUACCGAUGUCAAAGAUCACAGAAAGAUCGACCUCACAUCAAUCGAAGACAGUAUUGCAUCGGAAAAAGAGGCAUGGUACCGCUGGGUGCUACGCAUGUACCCGCAGUUCCUCUCAGUAGGAGAAGGCGGGGCAGACCAAGACGAGCUGCGAGCAAUGCUAGACGACCCGGUUAAGCGCUGGGAAGAGCUCACUGAGAGGAUAUGGGAGGGUGUAGGCAAGCCAGCCAACUGGGAAGCCGACGUGGACUCCCUUACCGACCAAAUUACAGCCGUAAAAAACGAUGCAGCAUCAUUGAAACAGAUCUAUAUCGACUUCUUCUUCAAAGAUUUGCAAACCGGAGAAGUGGUGGAAAACGCACAGCAAUACCUGGAAGCGUAUGCGGCCAGCGACACAAUGUCCAUUGAGCAGGUCAUUGAUCGGAUCUCACAAGAUCACAAAGCGAGCCUUACGACGGAACCGCAACGUGAGCAUCACAGAAACCGACUGGAUGAGCUGCGUAGAGCAAAGAUGGCAUUUGAGCAGAACAGGCUGCAGAAUAAGACUCGAGCCCAAGCAAGCCAAACGCCCGCUGUUUCCCAGGACUUAUAUAAUCUACCACCCUGCGCGGUUUGUACAGCUACAGUGGACCCUAAGGAUGUUCUCUCAUGCUCGGUGUGCCAAGCACUUGCUCACAUGGGCGGCACGAGGGAAUUAACAGUGUGGUGCUCGGAUGAAUGCUUCGAGAGGGGUGUCGGCGACCACAAUGAAUUGGAGCACGACUGCGAGAGUGGAGAUAGAUGUGUGCAGUAUGAUGAUGAAGACACCGAAAUGCAGGACUGGACUAGCAACGCAGUGGCGUGCAAGGAAUGUAUUGAUCAAAAGAGGGACACUAUAUACUGCUCGAUAGGAUGUGCAGCAUCCAAUCUCGCGCGGCACAGACACGAAAGACAUGGACUUAAGACGGCUGCGUAUGAGAUUAAGAAGCUGGCAGUGCCGCUAUGGGAAAUCGUGGAAAAGACUCUGAAGGAAGCAAGCCCGGGACUGAAGUAUACAGUCAUUGAAUAA